AUGGAGCACGGUGUCGGCUGCGCGGCGACAGCCGGGACGGAGGGGGCUACGCGGGCCCCUCCGCUUCCUGGGAAGAUGGCCGAACCGGGCGCGGUGAGGACCUCACCGCCCAACCACCGGCCUUCAGGCAUGGAAGGAUUUUUAAAAUCCGAUGAGAGACAACGACUAGCUAAAGAAAGACGAGAAGAAAGAGAAAAAUGUCUUGCUGCCCGGGAGCAGCAAAUCCUGGAGAAACAGAAGAGAGCCAAGCUCCAGUAUGAAAAGCAAAUUGAGGAGCGGUGGAAGAAGCUGGAAGAGCAGCGGCAGCGAGAGGAGCAGAAGAGGGCGGCUGUGGAGGAGAAGAGGAAGCAGAAGCUCCGGGAGGAGGAGGAGCGGCUGGAGGCGAUGAUGCGCAGGUCUCUGGAGCGCUCGCAGCAGCUGGAGCUGAAGAAGAAGUGCUCGUCGGGAGGAGCAUCACUGGCUGCCGGACCCGGAGGACGUGAUGGUGAAUCAGGAAAUACCCCACCCCCUCCUCUAGGUUUAGCAGCCAGCACCCUCCCUCUGGACCCAGGGACCACUGCCGCCGCUGCUGAGUCAACCAACGCAUGUGACAAACUUUCAACAUCAACCAUGAAUUUACCAAAGCAGACGGAGCCUCCCAUGAGUAAGCGCCUGUCUUCAUCCACUGCGGCAAUAUCCUAUUCCCCAGACCGAGCUCCUGCUGGCUCCCUUAAAUCUUCCUACAAGUCUUCUCCCACUCGAAAUGUCGAGAGGAAGAAGAUCGCAUCUACAUCUGGUGGAGGAGAUGCUGGGAAAGGCGCCCCUGCCGGAGUGGAGGCCUCUCCAACAGAGAAGAUGAAGAGGGGGCCAAGAACAACUGCUUCUGUUCCCAGCGUGGGCCUCAUGUCUCCUCUGAGAAGCAUUUCUAAGAGGUCGUCUUCUCCUGUGACAUCCAAGGCAACUUCAAAAGCAUAUCCGCAGUCUCCAAAGAACACAAAGCCGCCAUACCCAGGAUCUCCAGUGAAGUACCGCCUCCCCAGCUUUUCUGGCCAGGAGACACCCAAGAAGAAAGCAGACAAAGAGAAGAGCAACAAGGAGAAGGAAGGCACCCUGACUCAGCAGGCAGCCAGCUCACCCAAGGAGGAGGCCCCAGAGAAGCACGUGGCAGACAGGCAGGCCACCGAGAAGCAUGAGAAGCACGAGGCCACGGCAGGGAAGGCCAAGGGUGGCAGAGCCUCAGGGAAGCCCACAGCGGGCACCACUGAUGCAGGAGAGGCCACAAAGAUCCUGUCUGAAAAGAGACGACAGGCCCGGCUGCAGAAGGAACAGGAGGAGCAGGAACGUCUGGAGAAGGAAAAACAAGACAAACUGGAGAGAGAGGAAUUGAAAAGAAAGGCAGAGGAAGAAAGACUUCGCCUAGAGGAAGCCCGUAAACAGGAAGAGGAAAAGAAGCAGCAAGAGGAGGAAGAGAAAAGGAAGGCGGCAGAGGAGGCAAAGCAGAAGGCUAAGGAGGCACUGCUGUUGAAAGAAGAGCAAGAAAAGGAAAAACAAGAAAAAGAAAAGCAGGAAAAAGCCAUGAUUGUAAAGCAGAAGGAAGCAGCAGAAGCAAAGGCCCAGGAGGCAGCUAAACAAAUGCGUCUGAAAAGAGAACAGAUCAUGCUACAGAUGGAGCAGGAGCGACUGGAGAGGAAGAAGAGAAUAGAUGAAAUUAUGAAGAGAACAAGAAAGAGUGAUGUGUCUUUGGAAGUGAAGAAAGAAGACCCAAAAGUGGAGCUUCAGUCUGCUCUGUGUGUGGAAAAUAAGACAGAACCCAUGGCUCCUAACAAAAUAGAAAUCAGUGUAUUGAACACCUGCCAGGAAGUAAAUGUUGUGGAACAUGCUGCCCCAGAAACUUUCCCUCAAGAUGUUUUCACUGAUGAACUUAAACCAGUUGAGGGACUUGUUCAUCUGGACACCCUUGAUGGGAAAUCAAACAGUCUAGAUGAUUCAACUGAAGAAGUUCAGUCUAUGGAUAUGAGUCCUGUUUCAAAAGAAGAGCUUAUCUCUAUCCCAGAAUUUUCACCAGUGAGUGAAAUGAUUCCUGGGGUAUCUCUGGACCAAAAUGGAACUGGUAAUGCCCGAGCACUUCAAGAUCUCUUAGAUUUCACUGGCCCCCCCAUUUUCCCCAAGAGAUCCAGUGAAAAUCUCAGCUUGGAUGACUGUAACAAAAACCUGAUCGAAGGAUUUAACAGUCCUGGCCAAGAAAAUACUCUGAACACCUUCUGUUGA